UCCGUAUCUAUGGAAACAUCAAAGGUUGUGCUUAAACCGCAAAUACAAGACAUCAAAGAGAAGCUGUAAUGGAUGCUUUGAAGCGACCGCUGUUUGUCCCCCCUGAGUUCAGCGUGUAUGCAGAAGAGAAAGGAGUGUUUCAUCUAUACCAGAGCAUUCUCUCCCAGCUGGUUAUACACAAACCUAAAGACCCACUCACCUUCAUUGCUCAAUACCUCGCCAAGCCAACUCAAGAUCCGCCACGACUAGUUGUCUAUGGACCCCCCACAUCUGGACAGUACACUAUAAGUAAAUUGGCAGCUCAAAAAUUGAACGUAGUUCAUGUAAAUCCUCAGCGACUGCUGGUGGAUGAGGACACUGUAACCAAGGAAGCGAGGGAUCUACAGGUGGCGGGCAAGUCUAUUCCUCCAGAGCUAUGGGCACAAAUCAUUGCCACCAGACUAGAAGCAGAUGAUUGUACCAGUAAGGGCUGGGUGUUGGAGGGAUUUCCAAGAACCAGAGAACAGGCACUGGCUUUGAAGGCUGCUGGAGUUCUAGCAAAGCAUUUCAUUCAUCUGUCAGCCCCGAAUAAUGUCCUACACGAGAGAUAUUCUGGCAAGCGUGUUGACUCUCUUAGUGGAGAUGUCUACCACUUGUUGUUUCAUCCUCCUGACUCUUCGGACGUAGCCUCUCGACUGAUUGAAGAGCCCAACGGAAAACAGGCUAUGAUGGAGGGGCUGGAUCACUAUCAUCGAUACUCCAGUCCACUACUUGACUGCUACUCCACGGUUUCCAAGACCUUCAAUGCCGACCAACCACUCGACGAUUUGUUUGAGGAAGUGACCAGCUACUUGAGUAGUGAGCCUCGGUCUGCUGCCCCCCACACACCGAGGAUUCUACUCCUUGGGCCCACAGGAGCUGGAAAGACUCUACAAGCACUUCACUUGGCCCGCACGUACAAUAUUGUCUCAGUGGAUGCUAGGGAACUCAUCAGACGCACUAUCAACUCUGGAUCAAACGAUGCUGUUAAAAUGAAACCAUUCUACGAAAGAGGAAUGAUGAUUCCUGACGACAUGGUGAUAUCACUUCUCUCUCAGCGAUUGUCCCGAUUGGAUGCUACUAGUAGAGGCUGGGUACUCCAUGGCUAUCCACUCACGAGGGAUCAGGCAGACCUACUAACCAAAGUUGCCCAAGCACCCAAUAGAGUGUUCUUCCUCAACCUCCCUGAGGACUCUGUUCGGGAAAGACUGUCCAUGAGACGAUUAGAUCCUGUCACUGGGGACAGGUACCAUCUGUUAUUCAAGCCACCUCAGAGUCAGGAGAUCAAAGACAGGCUUGUCAUACAUCCUCGUGACUCAGAGUCCAAGGUGACGGCUCGUCUGUCACUAUAUAAUAGUUACAUAGAGGACCUGGUUGACUGCUACCCAUUGGCCCAACACAUCAACGCUGACCAAGACCCACUCACUGUGUUUGAAUGUAUUGAGAGUGUACUCAUCAGACCAGCCACCAAGCAAACAUCUCCCAAGCACUAACAUUUAUAUCCAUGUAACCAUUAAUACAUAACAUUAUAAUUUUAGUUAUCACUUGACAUAUCUUGCACAAUACUGUUAAUGAUCUGAAAACUUAUUUUGUCCAACAAUUACAUCAAAACAAUAAAAAUUAACCCAACGACAA